CCCUUUCUCCUGCAGCAAUGGAUGCCGCUCUGCUCCUGAACGUGGAAGGGGUCAAGAAAACCAUUCUGCACGGGGGCACGGGCGAACUCCCAAACUUCAUCACCGGAUCCCGAGUUAUCUUUCAUUUCCGCACCAUGAAAUGUGAUGAGGAGCGGACGGUCAUUGACGACAGCCGGCAGGUGGGCCAGCCCAUGCACAUCAUCAUCGGAAACAUGUUCAAGCUCGAGGUCUGGGAGAUCCUGCUCACCUCCAUGCGGGUGCACGAGGUGGCCGAGUUCUGGUGCGACACCAUCCACACGGGGGUCUACCCCAUCCUGGCCCGGAGCCUGCGGCAGAUGGCCCAGGGCAAGGACCCCACGGAGUGGCACGUGCACACAUGCGGGCUGGCCAACAUGUUCGCCUACCACACUCUGGGCUACGAGGACCUGGACGAGCUGCAGAAGGAGCCUCAGCCUCUGAUCUUUGUGAUCGAGCUGCUGCAGGUUGAUGCCCCGAGUGAUUACCAGAGGGAGACCUGGAACCUGAGCAAUCAUGAGAAGAUGAAGGCGGUGCCCGUCCUCCAUGGAGAGGGAAAUCGGCUCUUCAAGCUAGGCCGCUACGAGGAGGCCUCUUCCAAGUACCAGGAGGCCAUCAUCUGCCUAAGGAACCUGCAGACCAAGGAGAAGCCGUGGGAAGUGCAAUGGCUGAAGCUGGAGAAGAUGAUCAACACUCUGAUCCUCAACUACUGCCAGUGCCUACUGAAGAAGGAGGAGUACUAUGAGGUGCUGGAGCACACCAGUGACAUUCUCCGGCAGCACCCAGGCAUCGUGAAGGCCUACUACGUGCGUGCCCGGGCUCAUGCGGAGGUGUGGAACGAGGCCGAGGCCAAGGCGGACCUCCAGAAAGUGCUGGAGCUGGAGCCGUCCAUGCAGAAGGCGGUGCGCAGGGAGCUGAGGCUGCUGGAGAACCGCAUGGCGGAGAAGCAGGAGGAGGAGCGGCUGCGCUGCCGGAACAUGCUGAGCCAGGGUGCCUUGCAGCCUCCCGCAGAGCCACCCGCAGAGCCACCUGCACAGUCAUCCCCAGAGCCACCUGCAGAGCCACCCACAGCACCACCUGCAGAGCUGCCCGCAGGGCCACCUGCAGAGACACCCACAGAGCCACCCCUGUCCUCAGGGCACUCACCGCAGCACUGACCCCCCUGAGACCCACAACCACCCAGGCAGGGAGCAAGUGGCUUGGUCACUUCUGGUUCGAUUGACCAGGAUCGUGGUGUCACUUUUUAAAAUUUAAAAUUAAUUUUUGAAAUCAAAGUCAGACAUACCCAUGGUAAAAAAAAAAAAAAAAAAUCCCAAGGGUACAGAAGAGCUUAUGAAUAAAAGUAGGUUUUUCCCCUA